UUCAUCAAUUCAUAAUUUAUUUAAUUUCAAGAAUUACGAUCACAUGUUCUUAGAACGCAGCUGAUAGAAUUGUUGAUGAUUGCGUUACAUUCGACAGCAAACACAACAAUGGCGACGAUCAAGAAAUCAGCGGUGUUAUAUCACUACCCGUGCCCUGACGGCGCUUUCGCCGCUUUGGCUGCGCACCUCUACUUCUCUCACUCUCGGGCGGCAACAACUCCUCCAGUUCUCUUCUUUCCGAACACCGUCUACUCGCCGCUCAGAGCGGAUGAUUUACCCCUAAAUGAAAUUGACAAUGUUUACCUUCUGGAUUUCGUGGGGCCGCCGGGUUUCAUUCAGCAGCUCUCUCCCAAAGUUGAAAGGGUUGUGGUCUUAGAUCAUCACAAGACUGCACUAGAGAUGUUGGGUUCGGGGAUGUCAACUAGUGGAAAGGUGAUUAAAGUAAUUGAUAUGGAGAGGAGUGGAGCUACUAUAGCUUAUGAUUAUUUCAAAGAGAAACUCUUUGGUGGGGACAUCAACAGUAGAGAAAAUGGUGUGAUUGGUGAGUUUCAGAGAGUGAGGAGACUAUUUGAAUAUAUUGAGGAUGGAGAUCUGUGGAGGUGGCGCCUUCCUAAUAGUAAAGCAUUUAGCAGCGGAUUGAAGGAUUUGAACCUUGAAUUUGAUGUCAUAUCGAACCCCACCUUGUUCCAACAGUUGCUCUCGUUAAAACUUGACUCAGUAGUAAGUCAAGGUAUGUCAAGUUUGGCACGCAAACAGACAAUUAUAGAGGAGGUUCUGGAGCAGUCAUACGAAAUUGCACUUGGCAGUGGAGCUUUUGGACAUUGCCUGGCUGUCAAUGCAGAUGCUGUAUAUGAGUUAAGGAGCGAGCUUGGGCAUCAGUUAGCAAAUAAAAGCAUCAAGAUGAACUUGAGGGGCAUUGGAGCUGUUGUGUACAGCGUACCUGAGCUUGAUAAUGACCAACUAUUAAAAAUUAGCCUAAGGAGCAUCAGUGAUGAGGACACUACACCCAUAUCACAGGAAUAUGGAGGUGGAGGCCACCGGAAUGCAAGCUCAUUCAUGAUAAACAAUGCAGAAUUUCAAAGGUGGAAGGUUUCUCUUAAUAACUCAAUCUAGGUGUAGCCCCCUCAAUUUUCGUCACUAACCAUUAGAAUCUAGAUGAAGCCCACCAGGGGUGGGGGUCCUUAACCUUUUAAAUUAUCUGAUAUGCCUCUUUUUGACUGUACACAUAAUAAAACUGCUGAUUCUGUAUUUAUUCAUACAUGUCAUCUCUGGUCAACAAAAUAUUUACCACUGUCAAAUUGUUGCUUGUUUGUAUUCACGGUUUCUUUUGUGCUACUUAAAUUGCUAUUUCUCCAUAUUCU